AGAACAUCGGAGAGCCCGAGGGCACUUUCCCUCACAUAUUUGCAGAAGUAGUUGCAAACAUCCUUCAGUGGUUCACUACGGCUAUACUAUUCGCAAAUGUGGCUAUUGCAGCAAGCUCUGUGAGCGCCUGGAUAUCCUUGAGGACCACCGCAUUACUACAGGGCACUGCUUCUGUUCAGAAUGCGAACUUCCUUCGAAAGUCAAAGAGCUUGGGAGAGUCAUCGCGAGACAGAGCUCCAUGCUUCCGAGUAUCGGUGUUGUAACUGUAAUAUCUCUUUUAAAGACAUCCACGCUUUAAACGCACAUAUGGCGAGCCGUGCGCAUCGGAAGCCUCUCCAGCAAAAGCCCCAUAACAAUGUAAGAAAGGCGGGAAAAGCUACUGCGAUGAGUGCAGGUGAUUGGACAUGCAAGAAAUGCUGGCGAACUUUCCUGUCUAUCCAGUCUUUUCAACAACAUUGUAAGUCGAUAAAGCACAAGCCACUUAGCGCUUUAAGUUGCCCUGUAGGAGAGGGAUGCAGAGGAAAGUUUAGUGCACCGUCAGCUCUACUGCACCACCUAGAAAGUGGAAAGUGCUGUUCAGGCAUGGACCGUGAUGAUAUCUACGACAUGGUUCAACUAUACGACAAAGAUCAUGCGAUCCACACCCUCCCAACACUCACACCUACGAGCUCUACCUACUUGUCGGCACAUGACUUGUCUCCUUGUUCCAGAACGCCGACUACGUCUCUCGACAGCUCAGACGGCUGGCUAAUGGUCACUCCCAUGCACUCUCAGGGUAGUGUGUGGGAUAGCCUAGUAGAUUGGUCGCCGUUUGAAGACACCCUUCUCUCGCUUGGAAGAAGACGCGUGAUUGACGAAAUUAAGACUGAACUCCGUUGUCCGCUUUGUCCAAGAAAGUUCAAAGCCUUUCGUACAAUACAGGCUCGUCAACAGCAUGUAGUCUCUCCAGCACACUGCGAUAAGGUCUACCGCUGCCCACGUAAUCUCUUUCCGAUCAACUCCAGCAAGGCUAAAACAAAUCAAGGAAAAGGAAAGCAAUUCACAACUCUUAGUGGAUUAGCUCAGCAUUUAGAGAGUGGGGCAUGCCGUGGUGGCAAGCAGACAUUCUUAUAUUGUGUUGAGUUUAUCCAACAGCAUUUGGGGCAAUGGGGGCUUGGAGGGAUGCGCCUUUUGUUGUCGGACUCACAAGAUUGAAGAAGAUGGAGUUUUUUUAUUGCAGAUCUAUAGCCAUAGUCAGCAAUUACACGUGCAAUAUGCCC